GCAAGAAGUAUUAACAAUAAUUAAAUGGGGCGUACAUCCAAGAAUAUUAGAGAACAUACUGGUAUUCCUCAGUACUUGAUAUUCACUUAGAAUUAAAUAUCCAUCAUUUUGUUUCCAGAUGAAAAUAAAGGGCAAGAAUGGAGUGAGGACACAAGAGGCCCAGCUGAAAUCUUGGAAGAAUUUCGUUCUAUCACUAAGAAAGCUGGUACUGGAUAUAUCACUUUUAAUAGGAUGCAUCGCUCAAUGCUCCAGCAGUUGAUGAAAACUUACAAGGACCCCAAAGUAGAUAUUCAGAAAUCGCCUGACAUACAUUUUGAGGGAGAAAUGGCUGCUGAUCCUGGAGGCCCAACCAAGGAGUAUUUCUAUUCUGCAAUGAAGUCAUUAUUCAAUGUUGAUCCUAUCUUUGGUGUUUCCCUGUUCACUGGAGAGAGAGGACACUAUGUCCCAGUUAUGAACAUGGAUGCCAUCUCAAGUGGGUGCUUUAAGAUGGUUGGAAAACCUCUAGCUCACAGUGUCUUGCAUGGUGGCCCAGGCCUUCCAGGUCUCGCACCUGCUGUGAGGAAGUAUUUAGUGAGUGGCUCAGUCAUAGAUGCUGCAGACUUGGUGUCAGUCGAAGACAUCCCUGACAUUGAUCUUCCUGACCUCAUUGAAAAUAAGGUAUGUGACUUAUGUUAUUAUUAUCAUGGUUAUUUAAAAUUUAUUUUAUUUAUUUAUUUAUUUUGUCCAUUAACUGGAGACAAGUCAGUUACAUUAUUGACUGAAGAAGAGAAAGACAAAAUAGAGGAAGCUAUGGUGAGGCAUGGUUGUACAGACAUUCCGCUAAGUGAUAAAAAGAUGGUGAAAUCUGUCCAGGACGUCAUGGUGGGUGAAGUCCUAGUAUCAAGGGUAACAGCAUUGGAUGCCAUUUUCUGGGGAAUGAACACCAUACAAUUGGGUCAACUUCUGCGUGCCAAGCCAACAGUUUCCCAACAUGUUUUCCCAUCUCCAGAUCAAGUAUUAGUUGAUGUAGAAACAUUAAAGAAUAAGAUGACCAUUGGAGUACUGGAGAAGGUUGAUGAUGAGAAGAAGAAGAAUGCAUAUGAUUGGUUCCUUAGAUUUACAAGUGAAUACAAAGAGCCCAGAGGUUGGUGUUUUUGCAGGCAGUGUAUCUGUUUUGAAGCAAUUUUGAUUUUUUAGUUUUAAUUAAGACUGAAAGACCUGUUUCUGUUCUGAUUGAUAAGGUAUUUUCAUUAAAUAGUAAUAUUACCUCAACCUACAUGUAACCCCCAGCCAUUUUAGCAUUGACUCCAGCACAUUAUUAAAUUUUCAAACUAGCUAUCAUCUUGGAGAGAAACCUUGUUUUGUCUUGGAAUAAUUCAACACGCCCAUCACCCCUACCUCCAAAAAAAUAAUAAAUUAUUAAAUAAAUAAAUCAGUAAAAUUGUGUCCCAAAACUCUGCUCUUCAACAGUGUCUUGAUCUGAAAUAUGACGUUUCAAAAAGGUACAGAAAGGUUAUUGAAACAAACCAUACCCUUUCUUGAAGGUUUUGACCCUGUUGUUUAUUUGUUUAGAUUUCUGUGGGAUAAAAUUUUCUAUCAUUGUCAUCUGAAUUUAAAUGUUUCAGAUCUGCUUGUAUUUAUCACUGGAACUGACAUCCUGGAUGAGGAAAUCUACAUUAGCUUUGACUCUGAAGAAAAGAAAUUUCUAGAAGCUGACUGCUGCUCUAACCGUGUAACCCUUCCUAAAUCACAUGAAACAUAUGAGGAGUUUGCAAAUGCAUGCUCUAUUUCAGUAGCCUUUGGUUCCAAAGGUUAUGGAAGGUUUUAGUUUGGCAUAAAGUUGAAAGUGCUAGUUACUUUUAUGUUAUAAUUAAAUCUUAGACAUUGAUGUUGCAAGAAUGACUACUUUGUUCAGUUAUGAUAAAUUGACCAAUGGUUUUAAAGUUAGAGGUCAAACAAAUUGACAGGAUGA